AUGAUCAGAACCAGGCAGUUGUUCUCAUUGAGAUACUCAAUACUAUCUCAUCCACGAACAUGGACCCGACAAUUCACAUCCACUUCCAACUACUAUCAACAAAAGAAAACCAAUGACGAUGAUCCAGAUCAUCCUUCAAACUCUCCACCAAUAGUAGGUGAAAAUGGACUCUAUUACAACCAAUUCACCAAACAAGAAUAUGAAAACGCCUCCAAAAUAAUCCAAGACCAAAUCAAAAAACUAGAACUCCAAAUCAAGGGAGAUUACAAUAUCCGAGAAAAUAUUGGAAAAAUGCCUCAAUUCCCAGCACCUUCAACUGAUGUUCCAAUCAAAACCAAAGUUGAAAAUUUGACUGAUUUCUUUAUCCAAACCAUAAAACUAACCGGUCCAAUUUCAUUAUCGGCAUAUAUGCGCCAAUGUCUAACCCACCCUGAAUUCGGAUAUUAUACCACUCGUGACCCAUUGGAUUCUCAACAUGGAGAUUUCAUUACUUCGCCGGAGAUUUCGAGUGUUUUCGGGGAGAUGAUUGGGGUAUGGUAUUUCAGUAUUUGGCAGACUCAGAAAUGUCCCAACAAGAUUCGAUUUAUUGAAUUUGGACCGGGGAGGGGGACAUUGAUGCAUGAUAUUUUGGUGACGUUUAAUCGAUUGGUAAAGAGGGUACAAAAAGAUAUUGAGAGUGAGAUAUUGAUGAUUGAGGCAUCGAAUGUGUUAAGAAGAGAACAGUGGAAAUUAUUAUGUGGGGAGGAGAAUCAGUUUGGAACGACAGAAGAAGGAUAUAAUGUCUCAGUUACAAAAUGGGGAAAUGGGAUCAAAUGGUUAGAUACUGAAAAAGAUAUCAAACAUACCAACGAAUAUGCAAAUUAUAUAAUCGCUCAUGAAUUCUUCGAUGCAUUACCUAUAAAAUCCUUCAUUCGUAAAGAACAAGGAUGGCGAGAACUCGUAGUUGAACAUUCAUCAAGUGUAACCAACACCCAACCCAAACUCGAAGGCACAACCCCAUCUCCCAAUAACCCCUUAUUAGAAACAGAAUUCCAUCUCACCACUUCCCCAAAAGAAACCCCCUCCUCCAUAAUCCCAACCAUUUCCUCUCGCUAUCGUUCCCUCCCCAUCGGAUCCCGAAUCGAAAUCUGCCCCGACGCAGAACUAUACAUCAUGAAAAUGAUCCAACUCUUAAACAACACUAAUGGAGCAGUCCUUAUAAUCGACUAUGGACUCAUAAAUCAAAUCCCGGAAAAUUCCCUCCGAGGGAUCCAUAAACACAAAUUCGUCCUGCCAUUCAUCCUACCCGGUCAAGUCGACCUAUCCAUCGAUGUCGACUUCGAUAAUCUUUCCACCAUAUCCCAGGGCUUAGCACAAGUGUAUGGACCGGUGAAACAGGGGGAUUGGUUACAUAAUAUAGGAAUUGGAUAUCGGAUUGAUCAAUUAUUGAAAAAAAACCAAGGAAAUGAGGAAGUGGAGGAUAAGAUAUAUGGAGCAUAUAAGAGAUUGACUGAUGAGGGGGAGAUGGGGGGGAUAUAUAAGUUUUUGGCAUUGUUGCCAAAAGGGUCUGAAAAACCUAUUGGAUUUUAG